GGGUUGGGUUUGGAUGUACUUGCUUUUGCUUUAUCGUCUAGGUUGGUGUGAUCGAUAGAGGGCAAAGCUCUCGGAGUAGCAGGAACGGAGGCUUCGGCUCGGCGAUUUGGUGUCUCCAUGGAUCUCUCUACCUUUUCUUAUCAGAAGUUCGUAAAUUUCGCGCUCCAGGAGACCAAGCUUCGCACCGCUCUCGCUCCUCUGCCCUCCCACGAAAAGUUCAGAUUACUAAGGUCCAAAGACAACAAUACUGUACUUCGUACACUUUCAUUCUGUGCCCCCAAAAUUAGACUUGUUCGAAGUUUGACAGUUGAAGGGAAUCGUGCAAUGCAGGUUCUUGAUUUUGCUGUGUUCCCUGAGCCAGAAUUUGAUCUUCCUAUAUUUUGCGCUAAUUUUUUUACCAAUGCUAGCUUGAGCAUCGUCGUCUUGGAUCUUAACCCUCUCUAUGAUGUCACCAUCCAUACAGACUACAAGGAGAAGUAUUAUAGAAAGUUACUGCCUCUUGGCAAGAAAUACUUUGAGCUUCUGCCAUGGGGAGGCAAUAUUACAGGCGAAUCUUUGAGAUUUUUCUCACCAAUUGUGAUAUGGACAAGAUUCACUUCAAGCCAAUUCAAGCACGACGUUCUAUAUUCUGCAUUCAUGGAUUACUUUAAGGCAUGGCUUGCAUUGAUGGAUGAAGCAGUUAAAGAGACAUCUGCUUGUCAUAUUCAUCGGAAUCGUGAAGCACAGCAUAAGUAUCUUACGUGGAGAGCUGAAAAGGACCCUGGACACCCAAUAUUGAAGAAGUUGGUUGGAGAAAAUCUUGCAAAGGAGCUGGUGUGGCAUUUUCUUUUUGACGGAGUCGAUUCACUCGGAGCAAAGACAUUCUUAGACUACUUCCCUGAAUAUAAAUGUGACAGCGGGACAAUAAAUCAGAAGCGCAGUGUGAUGGGAAAGUCCUACGAGACACGCCCAUGGGAUCUGAAUGGAGAAUUCGUUGAUGGGAGACCAUCAACUUGAGACCGAAGGUUGAUACCACAGUGGGCCAGGAUGAUGAGCUUUAGACUUAAACGGGGCGACUGUGCGAUGAUGGAUCGGACAAGCCAGAGAAGCCGUCCUCAGAUACCGCAAGCAAAAAGACCAGGGAGCUCCACGUGGGCAAGCCGGGCAAAAGUAUCCCAUGGCGCAACCAGAGUCACACAGCACAUCCCAAAAAGAUCCACCCAAGUGUACGACGAAAGCUUAUCGUGGUCGCCUCCCUCAUCCCGC